UCCAGCAGGCGGCAGCGCUGUGGCGAGCGGCCGCGCAGGCGCGGGGCGGGCCGGGGCGGGCCGGGGCGGGCCGGGUGCCGCCAUGCCGACCGUCAGCGUGCGGCGGGAGCUGCUCUUCCAGGCGCUGGGCCGCAGCUACACUGAUGAAGAAUUUGAUGAGCUUUGCUUUGAGUUUGGUCUGGAGCUCGAUGACAUUACAUCCGAGAAAGACAUUAUAAGUAAAGAAAAAGGUGAAGGAAAGGCAGAGGGUGCAUCUGACACUGUUCUCUAUAAAAUUGAUGUUCCUGCCAAUCGAUAUGAUCUUCUUUGCCUCGAAGGGUUGGUCAGAGGACUGCAGGUCUUUAAAGAAAGGAUAAAUCUCCCUAGGUAUGAAAAGAUAAUACCUGCUAAAGGUGAAGGUCAGAGGCUGAUUAUCACUGAAGAGACUGCCAAAGUCCGGCCUCAUGCUGUAGCUGCGGUUCUUCGUAACAUAACUUUUACCAAAGACCGUUAUGACAGUUUCAUUGACCUCCAAGAAAAGCUACACCAGAAUAUUUGCAGGAGAAGAGCAUUAGUAGCAAUAGGUACCCAUGACUUGGACACCAUUGCUGGUCCAUUUACUUUUACGGCUAAAGCACCUUCUGAAAUUAAAUUCAAGCCCUUGAACCAAUCUCAGGAAUACACAGCUCCACAAAUGAUGGAUCUGUAUAGGACUGACAGCCAUCUUCGACACUACUUACACCUGAUUGAAAACAAACCGCUUUAUCCUGUCAUAUAUGACAGCAAUGGGGUUGUUCUGUCCAUGCCACCAAUCAUCAAUGGAGAUCAUUCAAAAAUAAGCCUAAACACCAGAAAUGUUUUUGUUGAAUGUACAGGCACAGAUAUGACAAAGGCAAAAAUUGUUCUCGAUACUAUAGUCACGAUGUUUAGUGAAUAUUGUGAGAAGCCAUUCACUGUUGAAGCAGUAGAAGUAAUUCUUCCUAAUGGGAAGACCCACAUCUAUCCGGAACUGGCUUACCGAAAAGAGAAGGUGAAACCUGACCUCAUUAACAAGAAGAUAGGAAUCAGUGAAACUCCAUCAAGCCUUGCAAAGCUGCUGACUAGGAUGUGUUUGAAGUCACACGUCAUAGGGAAUGGGAACAAUAUAGAGAUUGAAAUCCCUCCUACCCGAGCGGACAUUAUCCAUGCAUGUGAUAUCGUAGAAGAUGCAGCAAUAGCUUAUGGUUAUAACAACAUUCAGAUGACUAUUCCGAAAACGUACACCAUAGCUAAUCAACUCCCCCUCAAUAAGCUCACAGAACUUCUGAGACUGGACUUGGCGGCUGCUGGAUUCACUGAAGCACUCACUUUUGCCCUGUGUUCUCAAGAAGACAUUGCGGAUAAACUUGGCACAGACAUCUCUACAACAAAAGCAGUACACAUAGCAAACCCCAAAACUGCAGAAUUUCAGGUGGCACGUACUACCCUCCUUCCUGGGCUACUGAAAACUAUUGCUGCUAACCGAAAGAUGCCCUUGCCUUUAAAGCUCUUUGAGAUUUCCGACAUUGUAGUAAAAGAUCCUAGUAAAGAUGUAGGUGCAAGAAACUACAGGCAUUUAUGUGCCGUUUAUUACAACAAGAGCCCUGGGUUUGAGAUUAUCCAUGGUUUGCUGGACAGGGUCAUGCAACUUCUGGAAGUACCACCAAGCGAGGAGAAGGGAUAUGUGAUCAAGGCAACUGAAGGAUCCCCGACAGCCUGAGGAGCUUGCCUAUUUGUAAAACUGUAACACCAAGUUGGUAGAUGCCUCCUGGUUUUACUGUGUGCUGCCAGAAACACUGAACAUAACACUUAAACCAAGGGGUCUCCUAGCAGUUUUUUAAUGCACAGUUGUGAUACAUUGAUUCCCUGCCCCUCUCCUCCCGUUUUUUCCACAAAGUAGUUUGCUCAGUACUGUUUAGGCAGACUUUCAAAGAUUUUCCUAAUUAAAAUCGUUAUGAUUUUCAGGUUGACCAGAGGGCUCUUUAAACAAUUGUGGGUUUUGUUCUAAUUCCGCCAAGUACAGAACAGGUAACAGCAAAUGUUAUUUGAGGCAUUUAGAAGAGCCUUAAGGAGCUGGGUACUCAGCUGCCGUUGAAGUGACGGUCAAACCGAACUGUCAGGUUCUCUCUCAAAACCCUCUGUAACUUGUUUUGAAUAGACAUAUCCAGUUUGCUGUAGUAAAAAUACUUGCAAAUGUUUUAUAUUCUGUACUAUAGCACUUUGAUAAUGUAUGACUGACUUAAGCAACUGGGAAAAAGAUCUCAAAGAGCAGUCCUUAUACAAUGAAGAAGUUAUUUCUAGAUCCUAGCACUGCUUAGUAUUCCUGAUGCUGUGGAUUUGCAAUAUCCUUCCAAAAUCCCUGCAUUCCCAUGAUGUUACUACACAAUGCAUUUAGUGUAAAGGAUGGAUUAUGCCUUGUCAUAUGCAAUAUAUCACAGGCAGUUUGUGGCUUUUGGCUGUAGACAGAAGUGCCUACUACUUUCUGUUUCACCAGCGAUUCAGAAAUUCCCCCGGGAUGGCAUGUAGAUCCUUGCAGUUCUCCUGACAUUGGAAUUUAACCUCAGUAACAAUGCAGAUGGCUGAUACUCCGGUGCCAAAGGGAAUGCAGCGUCACUGCACCAACUUACUUAAAAGACCUUGACUGCAGAGAUGGCUGGAAGUCAAAGUAGUUUAGAGGGGUUUGUUUUUGACUCGCUUUGCAGUCUCUGAGUUAAGCGUGCGUGAGAGAAAAUAUCAGCAGAUGAUGGAGUAAGGUCAAUUGCAGAGUCGGGGGGAGGAGGGAGGCAGAAGGAUAUCCUAUAACAUCUUAAGAGACUGCAGCACACUGAAAUAAUUCAGAAAGAGAGCAGUACUAGUUACUUCAGGUUUUAAAUCAGGACAUUACACAUGGCAUGGAUUUUGAGAUGCAUCUUUAUGGAGCAUGCUUUUUUAUUGCCUGUGCCAAAUUAACGUUUAUACACUGAGAAAUGAGUUUAUCCUACAACACUGAUUCUGACUUAGAGAAUUUCCAGGUACGUUUUCUGUAUGUGAUCUUAGCAAAACUUGGGACUAGUUUGCAACACAGUGUGAAGGUAGGGCUUUAGUCCAGCUUUAUUCCUUGUGUGACUGAUUAAAAUGGCUCCAGUGAUUACUGGAAAACAAUACUGGGAAAAAUGUUUGAGUAAGCAACAAAGAAUAGAUAGAAGAGAGAUGUACUGGGCACAUAUUUGCCUCUUUCCCAAAUACACUU